CUGGCUGAGAGGCAAUGCCUUACCACCACUGAUCAAAAAAAAAAAAAAAGUUUUCAAAAGAGCUCUUAUCUGUCGUGCUAAUGGAUUCCUUCCUUUUCAGGAGACGCUUUCCCACCCCUUAUUUAUGCCAUUAUUAGAGGAUCCGAAGAUGGAGCUGAAAACAAUCCUCCUGUCCCUGCGUUUAGGCCUGUUAACUGCAUUUCACCAAAGUGCUGAGGUAAAUAUUUUCACCAUAAGAGUCUUCCCUCCAUCUGUUUCCUCUAAGAUUUUUACAGUCUUCAUUUUUUUUUUUUUUUUUUUAACACUGUUGUAGAAACUUUAAAAGGAUUUAAAAAAAAAAAAGACUAACUGAGCUUUCUUAAUACAUUUAAAUAUGCCCUUGACGCAAGGUCAAGCCGACGUUUACACGUUUGGACGCAUUUGGUUCUUAAAUGGCAAAUGGGCUGCACAAACCUAAUCGUGCCUGAAGUUGUCUCCAGUUGUAGGUAGGGUACAACACAAACCAUCAGGGUGUUAAGCGUUGCUGUUGUGAGAGGAAAGUGUUUAAAGUCAUUAAUCAAAGCAAAUGGGUUAUCAAUCAACAGUCAGAAAAUUGCAGGCAGCACUAUAAACUAUUGCAAAAGGCCAUUAAGUUACCCAUGGCCUGCUUUCUGCCAUUUGAGGAGCAAGGUAUAUAAGCAGGACUGGUAGGCUGUAUUUAUAUGUCAGCAUGCCAGUGAACAUAUUGAAUAAAGCUGGCUAUUACAGAUUUCAACAUUUUCUAUGUGAUAAAAUUGAUGAUAGAUCAAUAGAUAAAUUGACAGAACAUACUUUUAAUAACAGUAACUGCAUGCCUCACAUUUUAAACAUUACUAAAUUAUCAAAAUAGUUAAAUUAUUAUAAAAGAGUUUAACUUACUCAUUGCUAUCCUACAAGGCCAUAAAGUGCAAUGCCAACAACCAGCCAUCACACAUUCACUUUAACUGGGUUUUUUUUUUUCUUUCUUUUCAAAUUCAACAUCUCCAAAACCAUAAAGCUGUUUAUUCACAACAUUUGGUUUUCUUUUCACUUAAGAAAUAUAAAUACUAUUAUAUGGGUGUGCCAUGACCUAGUUAAGACAAAGAUGGAUUCCAGGCAGAGGAAAAAAGGCUCAAAAUGUCACAGGGUAUUACAUCCAGUACAUUCUCUUCCUUCUUCUCAAUCCUUUAAAAGGAGGAAUCAUAGUUUUAUCAUAGUCCGUGAGAGAUGAGGAAAUCAAGUGUAAGAUCCCUUUUGGAACAAAGGAAACCCAUAUAGGCCAUUGAGUCCUGUUUUUAGGAAAAUGGCUGCCGAGAGCGCUCGGCCCCCUCUCUCUGCUCUCUGUUGAAGGACUCCUGAGCCGUGCUUCUAAUAGCAGACAGCUCCUCUGCUGCUGCGCUCUGAUUGGCCCGCCGAGCUGCCGCUGUUAACCAGCCAAUUGCCCGAGCACUGCAAAACGCCAGGCAAUGUCAAACAAAACUCCACUUCUGCUCGACAAAAAUUAAAAAACUUCAAGCACAACUAAUCCACAGCGGGGUUUUGAGGUGAUGUGUAAAAAGUGGAAAGCUCCGCGGUUGUUUUAAUACGUAUAUAUACAUAUAUAUAAAAAGAAAGAUCCCACACACGACGGUUUGGCACUAGUUUGUCGGUCCGGAUUAGACUAACUGACAAGAGAGAGGGAGACGUAGCAAACCGCCGCAUUCCGACGGUUAUAAACGGUUAUAAACGGUUAGCUCGACUGUUUAAUUCAACCGAACCGAGGUUUGUAUUAACGGCCACACAUUAGCAGUCAACAACCGGCUCUACGGCGGCGGAGUCCCCCCGUCCGCUUGUGUCCGUCUUCCAUUAUGGCCACAACAUGCUUGAAUGUGUGAACGACAACAACCAAAUCUAAAACAAACAAACAAACAAACAAAACAAAAAAACCGAGUAAAAUAUUUUUUAUAAGCGUUUUAGUGGCAGUUGAGGAAAUAUUGCCCCCUGUGUCUAUCUUGUGUUUGCCAUAUGGGUAAAUGCAGUCGGCAGAUUCAACACAAACAUGAUUUAAAAGGUUUAGCGACACAAAGCCGUUACGGGGCUCGUGUUAAGCUCACGUGCCCAGACGAGCGUUACUAUGCGAUUUAUCUUUUGUAAAAAAAAAAAAAAAAAAACCUAAAUGUAUUAAUUUUAACACAAACAGCUACAGCGACGUUAACGCUUCUGUGGAAAUAGAAACAAGUUCGUAGCGAAUGUGCGGGUAGCAUCGGAGGAGGGCAAGCCUAGCGGUGUAUUGUGGGAGAGACAGAAGCUACAGACCAGAGGCACACAAUAUGUGUUGGCUCUCACCGAAAAGGAGGCAGUAUUCUUCAAGCUAAAUCAUGUAAUGUAAGCGGCGAGAAGGAAAGCGACCUCGUCUUUUCAUCAAUUCAAGAAAAAAAAUCACUCGAUCGGACGAACCAUGUCCAAGCCGGGGGAGAGAAACAGAUUGAACGAAGACCAUGGCAGAAAGCAGAGUUCAAGUCUGGCGAACGGCAUGGACAGUCAUCCCGUCUGCGGCUCGGCGGAGAAGCGGAGUCACCACUGGAGAAGUUACAAGUUGAUCAUCGACCCGGCGCUGAAGAAGGGGUCACACAAACUGUACCGCUACGAUGGACAGACUUUCAACAUGCCCAACCCCGGGAUGCCACCAGUGGACAUCGUCCGAGACCCGAGGAUCGGUCGUCUCUGGACUAAGUACAAAGAGACGGACCUACCGGUGCCCAAAUUUAAGAUCGACGAGUGCUACAUCGGCCCCGUGCCUCCAAAGGAGGUGACUUUCGCCAGACUCAACGACAACAUACGGGAAGGAUUUCUUACCGACAUGUGCAAAAAAUUUGGAGAUAUCGAGGAGGUCGAGAUCUUGUACAACCCCAAGAACAAAAAGCACCUGGGGAUCGCCAAAGUGGUUUUUGAGACCGUGAAAGCCGCCAAGGUGGCCGUGCAGUCGCUCCACGACACGUCUGUUAUGGGAAACAUCAUCCACGUGGAGCUGGACCCGAAAGGUGAGAAUCGCCUCAGGUACUUCCAGCUCCUGAUGAACGGCAGCUACACUCCGCGGACGCUGCCUGUCGGUGGAGAGGAGGCCAGAGAGGUUUCCCCUCGUAGUCUGGCAGAAGCCUUACUGGCCUGCGAGCCCAUCCGCAGAUUGUCGGAGAGCAGUGUGUCCGCUGUUGGAGGAACGUUGCCACCCAGCAGCUCCACCACUCCUCUGUCCCUGGAGACGGGCUACUCCAGCCUGAGGCAGGACACGCCGCAGUCCCAGGGAACCCCUCACACCCCACGGCAGACAGGUACGCCCUUCUCUCAGGACUCCAACUACUCCAGUCGGCAGUCCACCCCCGCGUACCAGUCCGGCCGGCCUGAGAGCUCCGGAGGUUACAAAUCUCGCAGACACGAGAGUAAGUUCCAGGAUGCGUACAACCGCAGGCCGGAGAGGCCGCAGUACCGCAGCAACAUGUAUCGAGGUACGACGUCUGAACAAGCUCCCUUCAAACAGCACCAACUCACCCCGCCUGAACCUCCGCCCUCCACCCCCUCCUUCACCUACACGGCGCCUCCCCCUGCUACGCCCAACUUCAAGUCCGCCUUCUCACCCUACCAGGCUCCUCUGCCCCCCGCGUUCCCCCCGUCAGAGCCAGCUUUCCAUCACCCGCCCCAAAGGGAGGGUGAGUACCUCCGACCACCGCAGCCGCCUCUGGCAGCCGCCACUGACUUUUUACCCGUCAAGGAGAGACCAGAAACUCCUCCGAUCCCCGAGCCCCCGCCAGAGCCCGUUCCCCAUCCGACCACCCCUCCUCCACAAACGCCAGAGCACUGCCCCUCACCUGGCUCCCCCACACUGGACCCAGAGCGCAAUAGCCUGGAUUCCCGCAUUGAGAUGCUCCUCAAGGAGAAAAGGACAAAGCUGCUGUUCCUGGAGCGAGACUCAGACACUGAGGUGCGAAUGGAGGGAAGUCCCAUUUCCUCCUCGUCCUCCCAGUUAUCCCCCAUUCCCCCUUACACGAGCGGCUCCCAAGGUGGCCAGCAGAAUUCCCGUCCCUCCAGCACAGGCUUGGAGGACAUCAGUCCGACCCCACUGCCAGACUCGGAAGAUGAAGAGCCAAUUCCUGGAACUGCAUCCCUGAUCAAGAGAAUCAGCUCUCCGGUCCAGGAGAAGAUGAGCAACAGUGACCUCAAAGAUGGACAUUUUCGAGGCCACACUCCCACAGAUAAAAUGGACACAGCCCACCAGUCGUCGGGAGAAGACAUGGAGAUCUCUGACGAUGAGAUGCCGGGGACUCCGAUCACCGGUGGAGACUGUGGCAAGGGCAUCGUCGUAAACUCGCCGUGUCCCAGAUGCAGACCAUUUCCAUCCCUCCCUCCCGCUUCCCCCACCUCCAAACACCAGGCCGGCUUCGCCAUCACACACCACCACCUGCCGCUGGCUGGUCAUCCCGGAGUGCCUCACCAUAUGCUGACACCAAUGGGUCCCUACUCUCACGGCAUCAUGCCACUGAUGCCGGUGGACAUAAUGAGCGGCUUGCGGUGGGAACAGUGGAGCAACGUCCCCAUGUCCUUCCCAGAUGCAGCAGCAAUGCUUAGUCGCAUAGCUCAGACUCGAGCCUAUCAGUAUCCACAUUUUAUAGACAGUGGUGCGUCUGGGCCUUUUGGGGGACCCCUAUGUGCGCCCCUGUCUAUGGGGCCCACCGGCUACAGCGCCAGGGCACCCGGACAGCAGUGGCAGCAUCCCAGUAUACCAAAGUUCAACCCUACUGUUCCUCCACCUGGAUAUGAGACUAAAAAAGAGGAUCCACACAAGGCCACUGUUGACGGUGUGCUGCUGGUCAUUGUCAAAGAGCUGAAGGCCAUCAUGAAGAGGGACCUCAACCGCAAAAUGGUGGAGGUGGUGGCGUUUAGAGCCUUUGAUGACUGGUGGGAUAAGAAGGAGCGCUCGGCAAAGGCGUCUUUGACUCCAGUGAAGGGUACAGAGGGGAAGGAAGAAGAAAGACCCAAACCUAAAGAGACAAUGGGUUCAAGUCUGCUGGAGAACUGGAACAAGGGCGAGGGACUGGGCUACGAGGGAAUGGGCCUGGGAAUCGGUUUGCGAGGAGCUAUCCGCCUGCCCUCCUUCAAGGUGAAAAGGAAGGACCCGCCUGAGGCUGCAUCAGCAGGGGACAACAAACGAGCCCGACCUUCAACUCCAGUGGAUGACGAGCUGGAGGAUGAAGACCGGGAUCGAGACCCAGCUGAGCUCCCCUCGGACGAUUCCAAAAUGGAUGCUGACGGUACGUCGUCAAAGCGACGGCACUCGCGGCCACUUGAACUGGACAGUGAGGGAGAAGAAGAAGUGGACACCUCAGGGAAGGAGGAAGAGUCUCUGUCUGACAGGGAGGAGGAGCCUGACGAAACGGAGGCUACCAGUAGACUGUUGUCGGGCAAAGAGAGUGGCGAUGAGGAGGGUGAUGAUGAAGACUCAUCCAGUGGGAGCGCUUCGUCGGAUUCGUCUGAUGAUGAAGCGGAGAGUUCAGAUUCCUCCAAGGCCAGCUCCAACUCCUCGGGAGAAAGCGAAGACUCCUCUGAGUACGAGCUAAGCUCCGAAGAGGAAGAGGACGAGGAGGAAGAAGCCGAGGUGGCGGUGGCACAAGAUGUGGACGACGAAGGCAAAGAUGUCAAGACCACCUCGUCCUCUUCAUCCUCUACAACUUCGUCGUCUGAUGAAGAGGAGCGGGAGGCAGAGACAAAGGCACAAAGCCCUCUUACGAGACCAGUCCCAGAGGAUAAGGAGGACCAGAGGAGCAGGGAGGAGCUAAGCAGCAAGCCCAAACGCAGACCUCCCAGUCCCGAGGAGGUUAUGGAGGACCUGAAGCCACCAUCACCCAAAGGCAUCCCAGUCAAAGAGCCUGACAUCAGUGUAGGCAUCAACAUUCCUGUGGUGAAGUCUGAACCUCUGGAGCACGUAGCGAACCUUCGACCUCCCACUCCUACAGGCGCCCUGCUCGACAGCGACCAGGAGACCAAAGCCAAAGGUAAAGCAGAGCCUGAGGAGGUACCCUGCACCCCGGGUCGAUUAGCUCCAUCGCACUUAGAUGCAAAUACGCCCGUCCCCAAAGCUGCUUCCACAUCUUUAAUGCACCUUCCUCUCCCUCCUCACCCGGCAAUAGAAGGUCGUUCCCUCCUCCAUCCGCCCCCUGGUCCCCUUCCUGACCUGCCUCAGCGGGCCAGGCUCCCCACAGACGAGGACAUCCCCCGCACGCCAGGCAGGGACCUGAUGGAACGUGCCCGAAGUCUGGGCAAGUCCCAGAGCACGGACACGGUGCCCAUUACACCGGGUAGUGAUGCCCCGCUGACGGGCAGCAGCUUGUUGCUUAGCUCCCCUCACAUCCCUGGUAGCCCCUUUUCCUACCCUGCGCAGUCCCCUGUCCUUAGUGCUGGAGUCCCCCGCACUCCAGGAAGAGAUUUAACCUUCACCCCUGUCUUCCCUGACCCCACAGCGCUGACUCUUAAUAGGAAAAUAUCCUCUGAGAGCCUAGACGAUAGACCAGUCUUUAAGGAGCCGCCCAUCAGCGCCCUUCCUAACCAGGCUUUAUCAGCUGGAGCAGAGCUUUCAGCCAGUGUCCCUGAAGAUCUGCCUGCUGGUCUCACUGUAGAUGUCCCUGUGCCAUCAGAUACUGCUCCGUCAAAGAGGAAACCUGGACGACCCAAAGGCAAAAAGACCCAAGCUGUCUCUGCAGCUGAUGAGUCUUUGGAGCUCUCAUCCGAGUCCACCCCUCUGCCUCUUGACGCACACCUCGGCGAUCUGUCCAUGCAGAGGAUGUCUGCCAAGUCGCCCAACCAUCCAAGCCUCGACUUCCGGGAAGGUAAGGACGUGGAUCGUCAGACGGUCUUGCCCGCAGAAGACAGCUUCCUGUCCUAUGAAGACGAGGCACCCGUGGUCGUGAAGCCGGUGCGGAGGCAGCGGCGAGGCUGGGAGGAGCUUCUGCUGGGCAGCCUGUCGCCCGUCACCUCGCCUCCCCGGCCGUACUUCAACCCGCGCACCGAGUUUGAGGAGAUGACCAUCCUGUAUGACAUCUGGAACGAGGGCAUAGAUGAGGAGGACAUGCGGCUUCUGCAGAUCACUUACGACAAGAUGCUUCAGCAGGAUAACGGCAACGACUGGCUCAACGACACACUCUGGGUCAACCAUCCUCCUACCAAUAUCCCUGGAGUGAAGAAAAAGAGAAGAGACGACGGCAUGAGGGAUCACAUGACCGGCUGCGCGCGAAGCGAGGGAUACUACAAGAUCGACAAGAAGGACAAGAUCAAGUACCUUCAGAGCACAAAGCUGCAGUCAGAGGAGCCGCCAGUCGACACACAGGGUAUGAGUAUUCCUGCUCAGGUCCACGCCUCUACCAGAGCUGGCUCGGAGCGGCGGUCGGAGCAGCGUCGCCUGCUGUCCUCAUUCGCCUGUGACAGUGACCUGCUGAAGUUCAACCAGCUGAAGUUCCGUAAGAAGAAGAUCCGAUUCUGCAAGUCUCACAUCCACGACUGGGGUCUGUUCGCUAUGGAGCCCAUCGCAGCAGAUGAAAUGGUGAUCGAGUACGUGGGGCAGAACAUCAGACAGGUGAUCGCGGACAUGCGGGAGAAGCGCUACGAGGAGGAGGGCAUCGGGAGCAGCUACAUGUUCCGAGUCGACCACGACACCAUCAUAGAUGCCACAAAGUGCGGCAACUUCGCCCGUUUCAUCAACCACAGCUGCAAUCCUAACUGUUAUGCGAAGGUCAUCACAGUGGAGUCUCAAAAGAAGAUCGUGAUCUACUCCAGGCAGCCCAUUAACGUCAACGAGGAGAUCACUUACGACUACAAGUUUCCCAUCGAGGACGAGAAAAUCCCCUGUUUGUGUGGGGCAGAGAACUGUCGGGGAACGCUGAAUUAACGUCCAUUCGAGGUCAGUCCUCUCCGGGGUGCGAGCGCGCUGUCCCCAAACUUCACUCAAGUUUUUCCCAGACACGUGCACGUCGAUACCCGCGAUGAGGAGAAACUGAAGAGGGAAGGUUUUCUUUAGGAGAAGGAAACCUGCGAGUCGUCCGGAUAGAGUUCAGCUACCUGUUGCGGCACUCUUCACAUAUUUAACUCUAGAUUGUUUACGAUUUAUGGUGCUCAUGAAAUUAAAAAAAACGCAUAGUUUUUUAUGUCUGCCAGUGACCCAGAAUUUACUAAACACUUGACUUGCUGGUGCAGCGUUUCCUCCCCUCCUCUCAGUGUUGGACAGUAUUUCAGCAUGGUUCCCUCCACUUCCAGCCCUGGUUUGUACAGUUUUACACUUUACCCCCUCUCGUUGUCUCAUAAGCUUUAUAUACACCACACGUGGUACAAAAAAAUCCCGACACAAACUUCACAUGUUCAGCUGCUUUACUAAUGCUGUUGAGACGCACAAGCCCACCAGGAAAACCCCUCUCUUUGUGGGUGGUGGUGGUGGUGGGGGGCGGGGGACGUGGUCGGCACCUGAGCAGAUGGCAGACGACGCUGUUUCCAUCCAGCAGCAGGCGGGGUGGCGGCGGAGUGUCGCUGCCACGCCGCGGACUGCAACCCUGCUUUCUCCCUCCUACCUCCUCUGCACCAGUUUUCUUGGAAAUAAAUCAAACUGAUUUAAAACUUAAAAAAAAAAAAACCUAAAAAACAAAAAAAAAAUUCAAGCAACAAAAA